CAGACUGCGCGGGCCGAGCUGCGCCCGCCGCGCUCCCGGGACGCUCUGAGCGCCGGCACCGGCUAGCUGCUGUCCUCGCCGCCGCCUCCUUCCGAGCGGGCUCGGCCCGGAGCGGCCAGCGGCCGGGGCGAUGUAAGCCGGGGCCCGCGGGCGCGGCCGGACCGCUGCGAUGUGGCUCAAGCCCGAGGAGGUGCUGCUGAAGAACGCCCUGAAGCUGUGGGUGACUCAGAAGAGCAGCUGCUACUUCAUCCUGCAGCGGCGCCGCGGGCACGGCGAGGGGGGUGGCCGCCUCACGGGUCGCCUGGUCGGUGCCCUGGAUGCUGUGCUGGAUUCCAGUGCCCGGGUGGCCCCCUUUCGAAUCCUGCUUCAAGUUCCCGGGUCCCAGGUUUAUUCUCCCAUAGCAUGUGGUGAGUUACUGAGUGGAUCAGACGUUUACUGGGCCAUAGCCACGGGUGCAACGUUAGAGGAAAUAAACGAGCAUUGGGACUGGCUGGAACAAAAUCUCCUCCACACCUUGUCUGUCUUUGACAACAAAGAGGACAUUGCCAGCUUUGUCAAGGGGAAGGUGAAGGUCGGUGCCUUGGUUGUAACGUUUUCCCCCACUUUCUCCUCUUGUGCAACGUUAGAGGAAAUAAACGAGCAUUGGGACUGGCUGGAACAAAAUCUCCUCCACACCUUGUCUGUCUUUGACAACAAAGAGGACAUUGCCAGCUUUGUCAAGGGGAAGGUGAAGUUCUGUGCUUGUUCUUUCCGGCUUGGGUUCAAGGGCAUUUGUAGUUCAGCUCAAGGAAAGCCUCGGACUGUUGUUGACGUCUACAGGCUUGGGGGUAAAUCUUGUGGUAAAAUAGGUAUUUGCCCUUUUUCUCUUCUAGUUAAACUUGUAGUCCCUUGGGUUGAUAUCCAGAAGCUGGAAAAAACGUCCAACGUCUUUCUGACGGCCACCAUCCGAAUCACCACACACAGCAAGGAGCGGGACUUCUCCAUGUUCUUGAACCUGGAAGAGGUGUUUAAGAUCAUGGAGCAGCUGGCUGAUGUGACGCUGCGAAGACUGCUGGAUAACGAGGGCUUUGACCUGGACCCAGAGCUGCAGGAGCCGAGCCAGAUCACCAAGAGGCACCUGGAAGCCAGAGCACAGAAUGAGUUCUUCCGGGCAUUCUUCAGGUUGCCGAGGCAGGAGAAGCUACACGCGGUCGUGGACUGUUCCCUGUGGACGCCCUUCAGUCGCUGUCACACCGUCGGGCAGAUGUUCGCCUCAGACAGUUACAUCUGCUUUGCCAGCAAAGAAGACGGCUGCUGCAACGUCAUCCUCCCGCUCAGAGAGGUGGUGAGCAUCGAGAAGAUGGAGGACACGAGUCUGCUGCCCAACCCCAUCAUCGUCAGCAUCCGGAGCAAGAUGGCCUUCCAGUUCAUCGAGCUCAAGGACAGAGAUGACCUGGUAGAGCGCCUGCUCGUGAGGCUGAAGCAGGUGCACGCCGACCGCCCUGUGCAUUACGACACCUCACAGGACGACGACAUGAUGUCACCUGUGUUUCAUUCAACAAGCAUAUGCAGCGAUCACAAGUUUGGGGAUCUUGAAAUGGUGUCUUCUCAAAAUAGCGAGGAAAGUGAAAAAGAGAGGAGUCUGCGGCUAAAUGAAGCCCUUUUGGUUGUGUAUGCUGUCACAGAUCUUGCCUCGCAUCCUGGUUACUAUGGUAAUCUGGUGGAGGAGUCCAUGGGAAAAUCUUGCCUGGUGACAGAGGAGAUAGAACGGGACCUGCACCGUUCCUUACCGGAGCACCCCGCCUUCCAAAACGAAACGGGAAUUGCUGCUUUGAGGAGAGUCCUGACGGCUUACGCCCACCGGAACCCCAAAAUUGGGUACUGCCAGUCCAUGAACAUUCUGACGUCCGUCUUGCUGCUAUACGCCAAGGAGGAGGAAGCCUUCUGGCUGCUGGUCGCUGUGUGCGAGCGGAUGCUCCCAGACUACUUCAACCAUCGGGUCAUUGGGGCCCAAGUGGACCAGUCCGUGUUCGAGGAGCUCAUCAAGGAGCACUUGCCUGAACUGGCGGAGCACCUGAACGACCCCUCAGCCCUGGCGUCCGUCUCGCUCUCGUGGUUCCUGACUCUGUUCCUCAGCAUUAUGCCUCUGGAGAGCGCGGUGAACGUUGUAGACUGCUUCUUCUACGAUGGGAUCAAAGCCAUCUUCCAGCUGGGGCUGGCGGUGCUGGAAGCCAAUGCCGAGGACCUGUGCAGCAGCAAGGACGACGGCCAGGCCUUGAUGGUCCUCAGCAGGUUUCUAGAUCACAUUAAGAAUGAGGACAGCCCUGGACCCCGAAUUGGCAGCCACCAUGCCUUUUUCUCCGACGACCAGGAGCCCUCCCCUGUGACUGACAUUGCCGACCUGAUCCGGGACUCCUACGAGAAAUUUGGAGACCAGUCUGUGGAGCAGAUCGAGCGCAUGCGUUGUAGGCACCGGAUCAGGGUUCUCCAAGGCCACGAGGACACCACAAAGCAGAAUGUGCUCCGUGUUGUCACCCCAGAAGUCUCAAUUCUUCCUGAAGACCUCGAGGAACUGUAUGACUUAUUCAAGAGAGAACAUAUGAUGAGCUGUUACUGGGAGCAGCCCCGGCCCAUGGCCCCUCGCCACGACCCCAGCAGGCCCUACGCAGAGCAGUAUCGCAUAGAUGCGCAGCAGUUCGCACACCUGUUUCAGCUUGUCUCGCCAUGGACCUGUGGGGCCCACACGGAGAUCCUGGCAGAGAGGACUUUCAGGCUUCUAGAUGACAACAUGGACCACCUCAUUGAAUUCAAAGCGUUUGUGAGCUGUCUCGAUGUUAUGUAUAAUGGAGAAAUGAAUGAGAAAAUUAAACUGUUAUAUAGGCUUCAUAUCCCUCCAGCACUCACUGAAAAUGACCGAGACAGCCAGUCACCAUUAAAGAAUCCUCUGCUGUCGACAUCAAGACCCCUGGUUUUUGGGAAAUCAAAUGGUGAUACAAGUGAUUAUCAGAAACAGCUGAAGCAGAUGAUUAAGGAUUUAGCCAAAGAAAAAGACAAAGGGGAGACUGAGUUGCCGAAAAUGAGUCAGAGAGAAUUUAUCCAGUUCUGUAAAACUUUGUACAGUAUGUUCCACGAAGAUCCAGAAGAAAAUGAUCUGUAUCAGGCCAUUGCCACAGUAACCACUCUGCUGCUGCAAAUUGGGGAAGUGGGGCAGCGAAGCAACAGCUCUGGAAGCUUCUCCCAGGAGGGUGGGGGGGAGCUGCAGGUUGCAGCGCUGUCUCCUGAGCAGGACUCGGUUUUUGCAGACACGGACACCGAGACAACCCCCCAGGACUCCGGGGCACUCCCUGAAGAGGCAGAAGGGGACUGGACUGUCUCCCUUGAACAUAUUUUAGCUUCACUUCUGACUGAACAGUCAUUAGUCAACUUUUUUGAAAAGCCACUGGACAUUAAAUCCAAACUUGAAAAUGCCAAGCUCAAUCAGUACAAUCUCAAAACUUUUGAAAUGAGCAGCCAAUCACAGCCUGAACUCAAGCAGGAUAGUGGUUUGCUGAGGAGACGGGCCUGCCAUACCAAAGCACGGAUGACAGCCUCAUGGGCUGUCAGCCCAUAAACCCAGACGUUAGUCUAACCCCCUGUGAGUAUAUUUUCACAUGCUGGGUAUCCAGGUAAGCAACCACCUGACAGCCCCAACUGUGGCCCAGGGAGCUGAUGCAACCCACAGGCACUUCUAUUUAUUCUUUUAGAAUUAUCAGUUUCACUUUGAUCAGAUCUGCUGAAAUGGGCACUUCUGCUGUGAUUGUUCUCAGAUGAACGUAAGAGCCCAGUGUGUCAUGCUAACCCAGGGACAAAGUGGCGCCCCAGCUCGUUUUCAUUCAGAUACUGGGAGGUCAGGAAUCAAGUUCACUUUCAAGAUCUAAGAGCCACGAUCUGUGCAAUUGUUUCGCUUUUUUUUUUUUGCACUAAUUUUGUUUCAAUGCUGGUAAUUGAAACCAUUUUAAUAUAUUUGAUUGUAUUCACUUUGUCCUUACAAAAAUGUUGUGUACAAACCAUGCUUUCAAUGUUGGCCUCCCAAGUUUUUUAAUAAGAAAUUUUUGUAUUGACUUUG